AUGUUCACAGGCGUGGCAGGUUUCUGUCUAGCUCUUUAUGAUUACGAAGCAGGGUGUGAUGACGAGCUAACUUUUUACGAAGGACAAGUGAUCCGCAUAUUGAGUAAAGUGCCUCACAAUGUGGACGACGGUUGGUGGGAAGGAGAAGUGGACGGACGCACCGGGAUAUUUCCUUCGCUAGUGGUGGAAGAAUGUCGAGAAGAUGGUGAGCCCUUUACGCCCCAGGGAGAGGACGAGCCACCUAGUUCGGCGCCGCCAGUGUUUACUCCCCCGGACGUGCCUGUGUUCCUCCUGGCGCCCCAGCAGGUCAUUAUCACGCAGCCCACGCCCGAAAUGGAUGCAACGCCGGGUGACCAACAAGUAGCAGGAGCCAAGCAUCAGGAAGGGACAGACGCCAGCUUCGCUCUAACGAUGAGUGCUGAUCAGCAUGACCAAUACGACUCACAGUUUCAAGAGACUCCUUCCAUUACAGUGGAUAUGCCCAGAGUGACCGUUGAUGAGGUUGAAAUGGCAGAGGAGAAAGGUGCAGAGCGGGGCGUGGAUUCUUCGCGGCCGCCGUUUCCGAAGCCGUUGCCUCCCUCGAGCGGGGGUGAAGGUCUCGGACUGGAGGUCGCCCAAAUCGUUAUCACCGCUGCCACGCCGACAGUGGAGGAGCCUGAACAGCUGUUCCCGUCAGCCGAAGAACCCGAGCCAACGGCAGAAGAGGAGAAGGAAGAAGAGAGCAAGGUGGCGAAUGCCAACGACGAGGAGGAGAACGUCGGGGCUGAGCCAACUCCAGUUCCUCCUUCCGAAGAGCGGCGUGCCUCUGGCUCCCCCGCGCCCGAUUUGGACGAAGAUCUGCCCACGGACUCGGCCCCGUUCCCUAUUAGUAGUAGCACGGGCAGCGAGGAGGAUACGUACACGGGCCCGAGUACGGCCGAAAAUUCGCAGAGCCAACCUGCCCCCGCGCCUGCAGGUCAGCAGCUGUCGGCUGACGACGACUGCGCGGCGGGCGCUGCGGGCGAGGCGGCCGAGGCGGCCGAGGCGGGCCAGGCGGGCCAGGCGGGCCAGGCGGACCAGGCGGGCCAUGCGGGUCAUGCGGGCGCGGCGGCCGAGGCGGGCCAGACGGCCGAGGCGGGCCAGGCGGCAGCAGCGCGGGUGGCAGUGGACGCCGUCCAACCUGUUGGAGGCAGAGGAAGCAUACCGGAUGAGUUGGAACCCCAUCAACUUGCAAAACUUCAAGAUCUUAAAGAGUCGAAUGCGUAAACUGCCUUUUGUGUCGGACACGCACCAUCUCCUAAAUGCCUAUGAUAUUUUACUGCGUGUGUUUCGACCUUUCUUUAAUAUGGCAACUAUUCGUCUAACGUUCCCAUUCAAUAGAAGUGUACAGUGUAUAUUUCUUAGGAACCCUCUGGUCGAGUGCAAUCAUGUGUGAUCUGUUACAACUAUUUUACAUAUUGCAGUAAUUGUUAUUCAUGAUUGAAACUCAAAGCUACACACAAUUCCUUCCGUGGGCGCGAAAUUGUUUCUUCGGCCCAUCAGCUACGAUGUGUAACGGGGACCACAGCGCUCACUUGGCAUUUGUUACUCGCGAGACCGCCAUUAUGUUUGCGCUGUCGCAAUCCAUCGACUGCAUCAACGUCUUAGCUAUUUGAUGUAUACAGAUGUGUUUGCCUUUAUUUUCUCGUAAAACUAUCAAUGGUCUUGCAGGAAGUUUGUGUAAAAGACCUGAAAUAAUUGUAGCAAAGCGUAGAAAAUACUAGCAAUGGAUUCAUGAUAAAUAUUGUGAAGUAAAAUGCUUAACUCUGAUGAUCCUCUUCUUUUAAAUACUAGGAAGAGCACUAAGCACCCGUAAACUUGGUAUUAAUAUCAUUUCCAACAUAUUGUUUGAAGUAACUGAAUAGUCUAUUGCUGAAAUAUCUGUCAGCAUGUGGAGAAAGAUAUGUGUGACUAAUUUGAGGAGAGUAUUAAAUAAAUGUAUACAUCUGCAAUUCUCCAGUACCUUUUUGUCUCCUGUUUUGAAAAUUGGUAUAACGAAGUUUUCUAUUCGUUGGUGAUGAAUGAUUCUUUAUUUUUUUAAAUUAAUAUUACAAUUUCUGCAUUUAUGUAUCUCCUCAGAAUUUCAUAAUUGUGUUUUUAAAUGUGUCCACAAUGAACAUUUUUCUGUUUCUCAAGUCUGACAUCGGUAAUUUCUUCAAGGUAUGACUUAUCAAAAUUACAAUUUAAAAAAUUACAAUUAAUCCUUAUAAUUGUGGAACAUUGUAAAAUAAGAAAUAGUUUAAUUUGUGUUGCUUCACCAACUUUGGUAGCUGUUACAAAUUCUUUUAACUCUUGCUUCGAUUUGAAUUAACCUCUAAAUUGUCUUUCUUACCCACGUAAUUCUUUGUCGAGGGAACAUCAUAUAAUACAUGUCACCUCUUUAUCUUCACCACAAAUGAUACGAAAAUGUCAUUUGUUCAAUCGGUGAUGUAGACAAAAGCUGUGUUGGUACAUGUAAUUUCGUCUUUGCCACCUUUUUAUCGAAGAUCUAGAGUCAUCUUUGAUUUUUGAAAUGGAACCGUGUGCUAGACCGAAUCGGCUUAAGGAAACGGUUUCAAAAAUUGUGUAUUUCUUCGUAUUCAAGGGAAUAGAUUUUUUUCAUAACUGUAUUUUGUCACAUAUUUUCUAUUGUACUGUGGCACUAUUGCUUUCUGCCUAUUAUUUAUUUCAGAGAAAAGAGAACGUACCUAAUAUUCAAAAUAACCAAAUCUUUCUUAAACAACUUUAUUAAAUCUGUUGGAGACCUGCCACCAUCUUCGAAAACACAAAGUCCCAAGCUCAAUUACUUUCCGAGAGCUUUGCAGUGAAGAUGAACAUAUUGACUGUUACGGAAAAGUAUGUGUCAAAUAUGUAGUUAUUUUCAGAAAUAUACUCACCUAAAUAUGAAGAUACAGAAUUUCAAAUUGUCAUCUUAAUCUCAUUUUGACAUUUUAAACCUUGUCAUACGGUUCAAAAAAUCAGAUAUGAUCCUGUAUUACUGUAAAAAAAGUUGUAUUUGCUACACCAUUAUGCUACAGAAACCUCUACUAUCACAAAAUCAACACCUCCUUCUCCUCCUCCUCAUCUCCUACUGCUCUCUUUCCCUCUUCCGAUACUAGAAAUACUUUUUUCUUUUAUAUUAUCUUAGAUCACAUUGGCUUCCGUAAUCAAAAAAUGUGUGACAUCCGAACGUAUAUAAAGUUCGAUGAAAAAUUCACAGUAAUACCUAUACAGUAAUAGAACUUAAAACAUGCCUUCAAGUAAUUUCAUUGUGUGAGAUUAACAACAAAUUCUCUUUUCAGUAGAAUUAUAUUUAGCACUAAGAAUGGAAGCGAACCGUGUUAAGAAUUAGAAACGAAAUAUAUUGUGAAUGAGAAUGGAUAUUCUGCUCCAGACAACUUAUUCUGAAACAAAAUCCAAUACACAGACAACAAUGGACGAGGAACGGUCUAAGACUUACCAAUGGCAAUUCGCCGACCUGAAAUAUUCUUUUGUGAAUGGUUUCCAGCAUUCUGAGUCAGAUUGCGGGAGCUCGUAGCGAAUUGGGCGGCAGAUUCGCCUUCCGCGCUGGGGUCCGGGCGCAACCCCGUGGACAAAAGGGUUCUCGGCAGAUCUUUCGGGGCUCUUCCAGAUCCCCUCCCUCGUAUUCCACCGUUUCUUCAUUAUCAUUCACUUCAUCGCCAUUAUUUUUAUCGUCUACUUAUAAAGACUAAAUGGACCUAAAAAUAUUUAUACGAAAAUUCAAAAGAUCGCAUCACUAUCAACGGGAAUUUUCAAUACCGAUACCGUAUGAACAAUUACCUAAUUUUCGAUCUGUAAACGACAUUUGACGCGUUUUUAGUAUAGAAUUUACGCUGUGAAGCAUCUUUUAAAAAAUUAGCUAAUUCUUUGUUUUCAAAUUUCUUUUCGUACUUCUGAGAAAAAUUAGAAAGUGUGGACUAGUUGCGCGAUGGCGUCCUGCUUCCUGAAUCCAACGCCGUAUCAGCCGUGCGAAUCGGAUGAAUAGGAACAACGUAAAGU